UUAUUAUUAAUUCCAUAAAUAAGUUUUGUGGUCGCAAACUUCAUUUCAGCCUAAAAUUCAGUGCCGAUUUGUCAAUAUGGAGACUCAGACUGACUCUUGAAGGAGGGCAGGAGGGGUUUGCACUCACUGUUAUAAUUGAUGUCUUUCAAUGUGAAGGCUAUUCUUGGAAUCUGAUAACUUUGCCGUACUGUCAACAUGGACAAUGUCUCCUUGUGACAUGGAAUAUAAAUCACUCCUAUAUCUUCUUCAGAAAUUAUUAACAAGAUGUCUAAUGAAAAAGAGAAUGUGCCAAUUUCUGGAGAUGCUGUGCAGACCAAGCCACAGAAAAAGGGAAAGCAAAAGUCAAACACCAACAUUAGUAAGGAACUUGAUCCAUGGCCAGAAUACAUCAAUGAAAGAAUGAAACUAUACUCAAAGCUCAAAGAGGAAUCUGAUCAAGAAUUGAAAGAAAAACAAGAAAAACUGUCAGCAGAAAUUAAAGUCACGCUACCGGAUGGAAAAGUGGUAGAAGGAAGGUCAUGGAUCACUACACCUUAUAUUGUAGCACAAGGCAUAAGUCAAGGCCUUGCAGAUUCUUGUAUUGUAGCAAAAGUUAAUGGAGAAGUAUGGGAUCUUGACAGGCAAUUUGAAAAAGAUUCAUCCCUCGAGCUUUUAAAAUUUGACGAUGAUGAUGCUAAAGCUGUUUAUUGGCAUUCUACAGCUCAUGUUAUGGGUGAAGCAAUGGAGCGUGUUUUAGGAGGUUGCUUGUGCUAUGGACCUCCAAUUGAACAAGGUUUUUACUAUGAUAUGUAUCUGGAGGAUCGACAAGUUUCUGAUAAAGAUGACUUUCCAGCACUUGAAAAUGUUAUGCGUUCUGUAUUAAAAGAAAAACAAGAAUUUGAAAGAUUGGAGGUUAAAAAAGAGCAUUUGCUGGAGAUGUUCAAAUACAACCCUUUCAAAUUGCGUAUUCUGAAUGAGAAAGUUAAUACGCCAACUACCACAGUAUACAGAUGUGGUCCUUUAAUUGAUCUUUGUCGAGGUCCUCAUGUCAGACAUACUGGAAAAAUCAAAGCAUUCCAGCUUUACAAAAAUUCCGCAUCAUAUUGGGAAGGAAAAGCUGAUGCAGAGUCUUUGCAGAGAAUUUAUGGUAUUAGUUUUCCUGACAAGAAGGAGAUGAAAGAGUGGCAAAAGUUUCAAGAAGAAGCAAAACAGAGGGAUCACAGAAAGAUUGGCAGGGAACAAGAACUAUUUUUCUUCCAUGAAUUGAGUCCAGGAUCAUGUUUCUUUCUUCCUCGUGGAGCACAUAUCUAUAACACUCUUAUUGAUUUUAUCAAGAGUGAGUAUAGAAAAAGAGGAUUCACUGAGGUUGUUUCUCCAAACAUAUACAAUUCUAAAUUAUGGUUAACCUCCGGACAUUGGCAGCAUUAUCAAGACAACAUGUUCAGUUUUGAUGUAGAGAAAGAAACUUUUGCGCUUAAACCAAUGAAUUGUCCAGGACAUUGCUUGAUGUUUUCUCAUCGCAACCGAUCUUGGAGAGAAUUACCAAUGAGAUAUGCAGACUUUGGUGUAUUGCAUCGUAACGAAUUGUCUGGAGCACUUACUGGCUUAACUCGAGUCCGACGGUUUCAACAGGAUGAUGCCCACAUAUUUGCUCGCCAUGACCAGAUUAAAGAUGAGAUCAAAAGUAGCCUGGAUUUUUUAAAAGCUGUAUAUGAUUCAUUUGGCUUCACUUUCAAGUUGUUUUUAUCAACCAGACCAGAAAAAUAUCUUGGUGAGAUUGAAAUGUGGAAUUUUGCUGAGAAACAAUUGGAAGAAAGUUUGAAUGAAUCCGGAUAUCCAUGGAAACUCAACCCAGCUGAUGGCGCUUUCUACGGACCAAAAAUUGAUAUUCAAAUUAUGGAUGCUUUGCGCAGACCACACCAGUGUGCCACGAUUCAACUCGACUUCCAGCUACCUCAAAGAUUCAAUCUGACAUAUGUCACGGGAGAAGGUGCUGAGAAAACGCAUCCUGUGAUAAUCCACAGGGCAAUAUUGGGUUCGGUGGAGCGUAUGAUUGCUAUUCUGACAGAAAAUUAUGGAGGGAAGUGGCCACUUUGGCUGUCGCCCAGACAAGUCAUGGUCCUGGCAGUCUCUUCUAAAUUUGAUGAAUAUGCAGUUAGUGUGAGAAAUGAAUUGCACAAAAGUGGUUUUCAGGCAGAUAUGGAAAUGGAUCCUGGUUUAACGCUAAACAAAAAGAUUAGAAAUGCUCAACUUGAACAAUACAAUUUCAUCUUGGUUGUUGGGGAGAAGGAAAUGACAAACAAAACUGUCAAUAUACGUACUAGAGAUAACAAAGUUCAUGGUGAGCACACUUUAGAACACACCAUCAAUCGUCUUCGAGAACUUGUUGUAUCGAAAUCUCCUAAUGCUGAGGACGAAUUUGAACCGAACCAUCAAGCCGAGUGAUUAGUUGAAUAUUUUUUAUUAUUAUUGUUGGUUUGGUACUUCUAAUAUCUGGCCUGUAAACCUCCAUUAUUGUUACAAAAAUAUCACUAUCUCACUGGACAUAAAUUAUAAAGUUUACCUAAAUGUGCUAGCUUGCUUAUUCACUCAUGUAAAUCUUACUUGUCAGCCCUGUAAAAUUAUGAAUACAAUCCGAUUAGAUUUAAGAAAAGCAUAGAUAGCAUAGUAUAAAAGUAAAGCAUUCAUUGUUGAAGUUCUGCUAGCUUUGUAGUGUUGUAAUAUAUUCUACUAUUUCAUUUUGUUUGGUGUUCAUUGUUACAGCAAGGGUAUCAUCCAUUGCUGGUUUAAAUAUUGGUAAAACAAAUUGA